AUGAGGAUUCUCGUGAGAGCUUGGGCCAGAUAUCAACAGUUACUCAUAACUCACCCAUGGAGAACUCAAACUAUUGGCACAGGUGAGAAAUAAUGGAGCAAUUUUCACGAAUAAUUUUCUCUGUUAUUAAAGCGGGCUUGGCGCGCUGCGAAUGGUUAGAACGAUUUUGUUUGGUAAUCGCAUGGGGUCGAAUAAAAUUAUAAUUACAUAAAAUUAAAUUUUAGUAAACUUAAAAUUAAGGAAAAUGAAUAUUUUUCCGAGUUGCACAGCGACGAGAGUGAUUUCUGCAACUUCUGAAAACACAGGUGAUAUCAAUCCUUAAUAUUACAAUUACUUGUUUAUCAUAUAAAAGUCAAAAUUUCCUUUUAAUGAGAUCAACAACGCACGCUGUUACGCACAUUCGUAGGAAGCCAUUUCAGUGUUUAGUUAGCGUCAAUGAUCUGUAAAACGUACGAAUCAGCUGAAUUUAAAAAUUAUUUUAAAAAAUUGUGACAAAGUUAAGCCUUUUCUAAAUUUUGUUCAUUGCCCAGAGCAACAUCCAAAACUGAUAAAAAUGCCCUCUGUCUCAGCAAUUAGCAUUUGAUGAUUUUGCUCUCUAUGUUAUAACUUAUUCAAUUAUUUGACACCUUGGUUUGCACCUUAAUGUGGCAACUGAGGAAAAGACAGGCUCAUGCAGUUGCAACUGAAGAAAAAUGUAUUUCAAAAUUAGUCAUGAAAGACUCUAAAGAUGCAGGCUACUGACACAUGUACACUCUGCAGCACAACCAGACUUUUGUGUCAAUUUAAUUUGGGGACAUUAUUUAGCAGAAAAUCAAUUGCUAUUGAUGUAGGAAGCGUUUUGUCCCUUUUGAAGGGCUGAUGCAGGUGGCCUGUAUUAUUGUCAGCAACAAUUAAAGAAUGCUAACCAUAAAAUUCUUAACUAGUGUAACUCCCAAGGUUUGAUUUUUAAUGCUCCCCUCCAGAUGCUUGACAUUUCUUUGUAAAUUAGUUAUGAGAAUUUGGUGUCAGAUCAAGAUAACAAGUUCUACCUGUACUCUCAUUGCCUGUUUGCAGGAUAAUGUAAGAAUACUGCUAAGGGUUAGGGAGAAGUUACAUGUUAAUCACUCAUGGGAAUUAAAGGGUUAAAGAAAUUAGUCAACCUUACUGGACACUUGUAAACUAUGCUUCUUAAAGAAUCUUACCAUUAAAUUUGUGUUUUUGUGUUUUUUUUGUUUGUUUUUGUUUUUAGGUGUUCUUGUUGCCAUUGGUGAUGUUGUUACACAGCAGUGUGUUGAGCAGAAAGGGAUCACUCACGAUUUCACCAGGACAGCUCGUAUGGGUGUUGUUGGUUUAAUUAUCGGCCCUGUGUUUAGAACAUGGUACCUGACAUUGGACAGACUUGUUCCUGGAGCAGCAAAGACUGCUGGCUUCAAAAAGAUGCUCCUUGAUCAGGCUCUCUUUGCUCCAUGUAUGAUUUGCUUUUUCUUUGGUGUUACAGAGACUUUAGCUGGGAAAAAACCCUCUGAAAUAAAAGAAAUGCUUCAGGAGCGCUAUUUGGAGACAAUGGUUACCAAUUACAAAAUAUGGCCUCUGGCGCAGACAAUUAACUUCACGUUUGUUCCGAUUCAGCAUCAGGUGGGAUUUGUUCAGAUUGUGGCAAUAUUUUGGAAUGCCUACAUGUCUUGGAUGACCAACAAGCCACUUCAAAAGGCCACCCUAGAUAGCGUGAACUAG